GUUGCGCCAUGUUAACGCUGCACGUUGCUAUGCUGUUGCUUUUUGCAGCGGCGACAGGCGAACGAACGCUUAUUGCUGGGUAGCCACACACUCACUCUAGACAGUAGACAGCCGUGGCAAAAGAGUGCGGUUCAAUACGGACAGAGGAUUGACGCUGUUUUCGUCUCGCCGAGAUCCCCUUACAAACUAAUAGCGAAUGUUUAUGAAAAUACACGGAAUGACCGAAGACUCCCUCUAAUCGCCGUUUUUUACAUACCGUGGGGAUUGUUCGUUGUCGUUUUGAGGUACAAGCAAGCAAUCCAGCCAGGAGGCCCCCCUGUGAAUCUCUAUGCGCACUCGGGCGACAACGAUGUGGUUUCAAUGGUUCUGCAGCGGAUGAAUUAAACUGGAUUUUUUUCUCUUACUCUAUAUUUUGUAAUCAUCAUCCUCAUAAGUUUGCUCUCCAAAAACUGUACUCUCCUGGAGCUGUAUAUGAAGACCUUGUGUGCACAGUAAUGAGCGCACGCUUCCGAUUGCCCGCCGGCAGAAACUACAAUGUCCGCGCAUCGGAGCUCGCACGGGACGGGCUGCACGCAGAGGUGCUCUGUAACGUUCUCCUGCUGGACAGCACUGUGCAGGCCUUCAAAGUCAACAAGCACGAUCAGGGACAGGUCCUGCUGGAUCUAGUGUUUAAGCACCUCGAGCUGACAGAGCGGGACUACUUCGGCCUCCUGCUGGCUGACGACACCUCCGACAGCCAGAGGUGGCUGGAUCCAAACAAGCCCAUCAGGAAGCAAUUAAAAAGAGGGUCUCCGCAUAGUUUGAAUUUCAGGGUCAAGUUUUUUGUCAGUGACCCGGGCAAACUUCAGGAAGAGUAUACAAGGUACCUGUACUAUCUGCAGCUCAAGCAGGACAUCCUUAGUGGGAGGUUGCCCUGUCCACACAAUACUGCCGCUCUUCUGGCCUCUUAUGCUAUUCAAUUCUCACACACGCCCUGUUGUGUUUGCGUUGCAGCCGAGCUGGGAGAUUACAGCCACUCUGAGCACCUGCCUGGCUACCUCUCAGAGUACAGCUUCAUCCCCAACCCACCGCAGGACUUCGACAAGGAGAUCGCUAAGCUGCAUCAGCAGCACAAUGGACUGUCUCCUGCAGAAGCAGAGUUUAAUUAUCUGAACACAGCGCGGUCACUGGAGCUGUACGGGGUGGAACUGCACUAUGCAAGGGAUCAAAGUAGCACUGAGAUUUUAAUUGGGGUGAUGUCCGCUGGGAUUGCCAUUCACAAGAACAGGGUACGAAUCAACUACUUUCCAUGGUUGAAGAUUGUAAAAAUAUCUUUUAAAUGUAAACAGUUUUUUAUUCAACUCCGAAGAGAGCCGAACGAGAGUAGAGAGACACUGCUGGGCUUCAACAUGGUGAACUACCGCGCCUGUAAGAACCUGUGGAAGGCCUGUGUGGAGCACCACACCUUCUUCCGCCUGGACCAGCCGGUGCCCCCACAGAAGAACUUCUUUGCACAUUACUUCUCCCUGGGCUCCAAGUUCCGCUACUGCGGGAGGACGGAGGCACAGUCGGUGCAGUAUGGAAAAGAGAAGGGCAACAAGAACCGUGUGUUUGCCAGGUCUCCCAGCAAGCCCCUGGUGCGGAAGCUGAUGAGCGGGAUGGACUGGGAGACGGUGAGCCGGACGUCGCUCUCAGACGAACGCCUGGAGACGCAGAGUCUGCCCACGCGCUCCCCGCCGGGCACCCCGACCCAGAACUCCAUGUUUGCACAAGAGGGCACACGUGUGCGUCCAUCCUCCGUGGGACACCUGGUCGAUCACGUGAUUCAUCCCUCCCCCAGCCAGACAUUCACCAAUCACAAAUCAGCCUCCUCCACACAGGCCAAUAGCAUCAGCCUUGACUCCACCCCGUCUCCCGAUGUGGACGGUCAGCCCCCGGCGUUGCCCCCCAAGCAGUCCCGUCGGAGUCAGCUGAGCCGCUCGCCCUCGCAACAGGAGCUGGACAACAACCACGUCAACGAGCUCUACGACACACCCGCGCCCUCCGACAAGAGCAUGUUGAACGGAGUGGUGCCUCAUGACAACCUGGUCCUGAUUAAGAUGAGGCCGGAUGAGCACGGACGGUUUGGAUUUAACGUCAAGGGCGGGGCGGAUCAGAAGAUGCCCAUCAUUGUGUCGCGGGUGGCCCCUGGAACCUCGGCGGACCUGUGCGUGCCGCGGCUGAACGAGGGGGACCAGGUGGUUCUGAUCAACGGGCGGGACAUCUCGGACCACACGCACGACCAGGUGGUGAUGUUCAUCAAGGCCAGCUGCGAGGGCAACGCCGGAGAGCUCAUCCUGCUGGUGCGCCCCAACGCCAUCUAUGACGUGGUGGACGAGCGUCUGGACUCUGAGCCGGACUUCCAGUACAUUCCGGAGCAGGCGAGCGGCGACCGGUCAGCGCUGGACCCCGAGGCCUGGAGGAUCUCCAUGCACCAGCUCCGCGAGGGGCUCAACUGCGGGGCCGUGCUCGCACAGUUCGACCAACUGUACCGAAAGCGUCCUGGAAUGACCAUGUCUUGUGCCAAAUUACCUCAGAACAUUUCCAAAAACAGAUACAGGGACAUAUCUCCAUAUGAUGCAACGCGGGUCAUCCUGAAAGGUGGCGAGGAUUACAUCAAUGCCAAUUACAUAAACAUGGAGAUCCCUGCGUCGGGGCUGAUAAACCGCUACAUAGCGUGCCAGGGUCCGCUGCCCAACACGUGCGCUCACUUCUGGCAGAUGAGCUGGGAGCAGGGCUCCUCCCUGGUGGUCAUGCUCACUACGCAGGUGGAGCGAGGCCGGGUCAAGUGUCAUCAGUACUGGCCCAACCCUUCCAAUAGUGCCACCUACGGCUGUUUCCAGGUCAACUGUUUGUCCGAGGAGGGCAACUGCGCCUACACAGUCCGAGAGAUGACCCUCACCAACACUGAGACGGAGGAGGAGCGGCCGCUGACCCAGCUGCAGUACAUGGCCUGGCCGGACCACGGCGUCCCCGACGACUCCACGGACUUCCUGGACUUCGUGGCUCUGGUGCGCGGCAAGAGGGAGGGCAAGGACGAGCCGGUUGUUGUGCACUGCAGUGCUGGGAUUGGUCGGACCGGAGUUCUCAUCACCAUGGAAACAGCGAUGUGUAUGAUCGAGAGUAAUCAGCCUGUGUACCCAUUAGACAUCGUGAGAACAAUGAGGGACCAGAGAGCCAUGAUGAUUCAAACCCCUAGCCAGUACCGGUUUGUGUGCGAGGCGAUCCUGAAAGUGUACGAGGAGGGCCUGCUCUCUCCCCAGUCGACCCCCGUCGAGGAAGAGCCCGGAGCGGCCGCAGACCAAACCUGACCGGCUGCGCUGCCACUGACCCAUGAGGAGCGCCCCCUCCUGGACAAGGAGGGGGAUGGACACUGACUGGAGGGGAAAAGAGAGAGAGGGGAGAGGGGGUAAAAAUAACGAAACAAAAACAAAAAAUCUAAGCACUGAUGCACUUUAUGUUAACAAGAGAAAAAGAAACAGUGAUAUGUGGAGAUUUAUGUUUAAACAAACAAAAAGCAAAACAAACAAAAAAAAAAGAAAGAAAAUAAGUGGGUAAAAAAAUGACAUAAGGUUGCAUAAUUUGGUAUUUUCUAGAAUUAACAAGCUUUUCAGGGUGAUGUUGGAGUAUGUGUGGAUCGCUGUAGUGCCAUAAAUUAGGACAAGCCCGUUGGAACAACACACACGAGAACAAUCGGACAACUAGACAAGACAUCAGCGCUCCUUUACUCUCACGGCAGGCAGCCUGUUUUAAAAGGAUAUUUAUUCUAUUUUAUUUGUUUAAAAGAAGAAAAAGGCUUAUAGAUUCUUUAUUCUUUAUUUUUUUUCUCAUGCUGACAUUCUGAAUUGGGGAAAUAAGUAUCACUUCUUUUUUUAAUUAUUAUUGUGAUAUUCUUUCUCUCUCUUUUUUGCAUUUCCUGCAACGCAGUUCUCACUCAUAUGAUCAUUGACAAUGUGGUCAUGUGACUGUGUGGUCAUGUAACUGAUCAUGUGAUCAUGUGAUCAUGUGGAAGAUCAGGAUCAGAAUCUCUGCUGAAAGGCUGUGAGCUGUUUUUGGGCAGGGAGUGAUUUUGUUGUUAUUGUUGUUUUUUUGUUUUGUUUUGUUUUUUUGUGCUGCAUAAACUGGAUCCUUCUGAAACUGGACCGGAGACCCGUCUCCUUCCUCGUGCUCACCCUUCACACACACACACACACACACCAGUCAUACCUACUGCUCUCUCUACAGGGAGCGUCACAAUCCACCCAUUACUUGGUGGGCACUAUAUGUGUGCGGUUCCUUUUCUGUGUGUGUGUGUGUGUGAGAGAGAGAGAGAGAGUGUGUGUGUGUGUGUGUGUGUGUGUGUGUGUGUGUGUGAGUGAGUGAUAGUGCCAGCCUUUGCUCAUGGUUUUUUUUAUGGUGCAAACAUCCUCUGCCAGCCGCCUUCAACUCCCACAAUGCUUUGUAACGAUUCCCCACCCCACCUAAAAUUACCAACAAACAAACUGUAGAUACACACAUCUUGAUUUUGUUUUUGAAAAUUUUCCAUCAGGUUUUUUUUUUUUUUUACACAUUUGCUUUCAAGGUACACAAGCUUCAAAAGCAAGUACUAGCUUAAAAACGACAAAAAUAAUAAUAAUAAUAAUAACAAUAAUAAUAAUACGAUAUUGAAGACAAUACAGUCAGCAACAGCGGUAUGACUUGGACUCUAGUGCCGUGGUGCAUGUGUACUGUCAAACUUGUGAAAAUGUUUCUUACGCUGCCAAAAAAACCCUUUAUAUGUAUAAGCUGUCUCCUGCAAUGUAAGCUGAUGGGGCCACAGCUGACAUCUGUGCUUCAGGUGCUGCCGUCUUGCCAUUUGUUUAGAUUGUUUAUUGUUUCUUAAUUUUUGUUUUAAUUUGUUUGUUUUUUGGUACAGUGAGUUUUGUGAGGUAUGCCUUGCCACAGGAAAAUGAUGAUUUGUUUCCCCCCUAAAUGUAUCUAAUUUAUCUUAUCUUAAAAAAAAAAAAACAGAAAAAAAAAAAAAAAAAGAAGACUGACCGUCAAUUCUAAAGAGUCUUACUGAGUGGGGUGAGAGGGUAUUCGUGGUUUCUCUCAGACAAACAUCACCAAUGAUGUUCUAUCUCACCCAGCAGGCGCUUCUGCGCCCCUGACUCCCCAAUCCCACAAUACUCACACACACACACACACACACACACACACACACACACACACAUACAUACAUAUAUACACACACGCGCACACACACACACACACACACACACACACACACACACACACACACACACUCACUUUCACACACUCUCUCGAUCAAACACUGGCCUGAGUUGGUGCCCGAUACCCCGGUAGUGGGCACAGGCGGUGAGUUGGCACUGAGGAUGCCCCAGUUCUGCCGGCAGAGCUUCAUCCUCAGGAUGUCUGGUGGGAAGGCCUCUGGAAACCUGGUCCUGUCAUCUUUAGCUGACUAGUAUUCAUUUUUUUAUUUGAUUUUAUUUUGGAUUAUUUCAGCUGUCAAUCUCACAGACACUUUAACGUGAAGUGAAAUAGGAGUGAACAAGUGAUACAUGACACAUGCAAGUCAAUAAUUCAGAUGACUUUUUAAGGACAUUUGCCUCUGUUUUUGUUUUUGUUUGUUUGUUUUUUUUUUGUUUUUGUUUUUGUUGAUGGUGGUACAACGGAGUAGGACUGGGGCUUCCAGGACCAACAUGAUUUUCAUCCUCCUGAAUGUUCCGUAACGAGACUUGCUGGGUUUAACUAAGUGUUGUGAUGGCUCCUGAGCUAGAGAUUUGCUAUUGAUAUCAUUUAGUUGGGGGGAGUCGGUCGGGGCUAUUUUUGUAAAAGAGACCCUUUUGUGCGCCCCUGGAAUGGACAGCACUUUUGCAGCUGACUGUGUAGACGACAGUGCUACGUGAGAAUUCAUAGUUUGAGAGUGUGUGUGUGUGUGUGUGUGUGUGUGUGUGUG